UGAUACGUAAGCCCAGGCCAUGUUUUCCUUUUGCCAUGCAAACGGUAGAAAAGUCUUACCUUUAUUUACCGCGCAAAACAACAUGUAGUUGAAGAAAACGAAACAAACAAAACUUUCUUGCGGUACAAGGUACCCUUAUUUUGAGCUUCUCAUUCUUAUUUCUCCUCAGUCCUCCCUUUUCAACCUUUUCUCUGAUCGAGUAAGCGAUAUAGAGAGGUUGGGAGCGGUUACAGAUUAAAGAGUACAGUUUUUUUUAAGAUAAUGGGUCGCGGCUUAACGACUGAUGGGGUUUUGCCGGCGUCGGAGGCAGUUCUGACGACUGCGACGGGAAGACCUAUGGCUCCUGGAUUCCGAUUUAAUCCAACCGAUGAAGAACUCAUUAGCUACUACCUAAAGAGAAAGGUUCAGCGCAAACCGAUAGCUCUCGAUCCGAUUGGAGAAGUUGCUGUGUACAAGCAAGAAGAUCCCUCUGACUUACCAGAUCAAUCGAAGAUGAAGACAACGGAACGAGAAUGGUUCUUCUUCACUACUCUAGAAAAGUACGGAGAUAGUGGUUAUGCAGUACGAUCAACAGCCAAAGGCAACUGGCGCGAAAGAGGAAGAGAAAAGAAAAUCAAGCGAGGAGGAGACGAUCAGGUGAUUGGCAACCGCAAGAGGCUUGUGUUUUUCACAAACAAUCAAGCAACCAAUUGGGUGAUCCAUGAGUAUCAACUCGUCGACAAUGAUGGCCAUGUUCAGACAGAUGCGUACGUGUUGUGCAGAUUGUUCGACAGUAGUGGAAGCAUAAAUGCACCCUUCUCGGAACAAGAGUGGGAUGAUGCUGAUAAUGAGAAGAUUCAGAAGGCAAGCAACUCAAGGAGCAUGAACCUCUUUGACCUCAACGAGCUCCCUAGAGAGUUUGAGAUUGAUGAUGACGAUUCCAAAGCAGUUGAUCAGGACGAUAAUAACAACGAUGCAUGUCUUCUUCCCUGUGUCCUCAACAAAGAAGCUCCACUCCCUUUCGUCCGAUACAGACGCAAGCGCCAAUUAGACUCUGACAACUCAAUCCAAACCACCCCAAAAACCACCAGCGGUACUACUAUACCUUAUGUUGCCGCAUUGCUGGAGCGGAGUGAACCAGAGCCAGUUGAUGCAACAAUGGUUGUGCCUACAAGCUCCUACAACGAGGAGCUGAUCAAGGAUCUGCACAAGGAGAGGCAGCAGAUUGCUGUGGAGCGUGAGAGGUAUAAGCUUGAGAUGACGAAUGCAGAAAUGACGAUAAGCGAUCUUGUGGGGAAGAAUGAUGCACUGCGUACUGAGAUUGAGGAGUUGAAGAAGAAGAACAGCAACAAGGAACAAGGCUCCUAAAGGGACACAACUGUGUGUGUGUCUCUUGUUUCUAAUUUCUCUUGCUUAUGUUUCAUUGUAGUCUUAGGAGAGACCAAGUUAGUCUUGUGAAUUGUGUGGACCUUUUGGGAACUAUAUAAAUCUAUAAUCGCAGACAAUUGUUAGAACCUGAGACAUGUAUAGUUCAUGUAUACUCUUUCUAUAUGAAAUUAAGGCAAGAGACAUAGACAUUUACAGCACAAUCUUCUCUUAGGAAUUGCUAAAAUGUAUACUCUUUCUCCUGUCUUGUAGACAAUUGAAUAUAUAAUAAUAUCACUGGAUAAAUUUGAUAUAUAUUGUCACUCAAUCAUACUGCUUUGAUCAGUCUAAACAAAACCGCAUCAUCGAUAAAUCAAAAAAAUGGCAAGAGGAAACUAUAGAGAUAUUCACAAGUAUGGCAUGUCAAACAAGUAAUGGACCUUAUGGUCUCUCCUCCAAUCACGCUUCACACAUGAUCAGUUUAAAUAUAUCUGCAUCAUCUUAAUAACAAUUAUGUGUUUGGAAGACCACGUCUUUGCCUCAUAUGGGUAACGCGUUAACUAAUCCAAAUUGACCAAAAUAAGUCUUCUCUAUAUCAUUUUUGUAUUAAUAUUUUCUCUAAGAUACGUAUUAUAAUAAUAGUCUACUUGUAAAUUCCGACACUUAUUUAACAAAAGCUUAAUAUA